CUGCCUAGUGCAACUGUUUGAUGUAAAAUUUCCUUCCUUCCCUUUCUCCUGGUCGGCAUAAAAAUCUGUAUUGCUCGCCCACUUUAUGCUGGGCACUGACCUGGGUGUUGGGGUCGAAGAACUGAAUGAGACCAAAACAAUCCACUGUCUGCCGGGGCCACCAGCUGCACACCGGUCAUUGUGAUAGGUAAUCAGUGCUGCCACGUUGAUGGUGCGGCAAGGAUCUAAAAGGCCAAGGCUGUGUGGAGGUGUGCCAAAGAGUACCUCUGGGAAGGCUUCUUGGAGGAGGAGGACCGUGAUCUGAAUCCUGAAAUAAAGAGUCACAGCUGAGAAACAGGAUAAGGAAGAGAUUAAGAAGAGCAUGGGCUCUGGGGCCAGACCGUUUGGAUUCACAUUUUGGCUCCAUCACUGACUGUGUGACCCCACGUGGGACCGUCGGCCCCAGGAUGCCCCGGGGGUGUGGAUGACCAGAGGCCCAGGCCCGGAUGCCGCCGCCCCGCGAGGGCCGCUCCCCGAGGGCCGCCGGUGGCCCCGCGCCCUAGCCUCCCGACCCGGCGACCCCGCGCGCCCCGCCCCCGCCUGGCCGCCCAGCGGAGCGGGAGCCGCGGGAGGGAGCUUCCCGAGCCCACCGAGCGAGCGGCCACGGCGCAGGGAUCCGGGGGCAGGGGCUCGGCGCCGGCCGCAAACAUUCUCCCCCAGCGGCUCGGCAAAAUGACCAGCCUGUUCCGCCGGAGCAGCAGCGGCGGGGGCGGCGGCGGGGGCGGCUCGGCGGGGGCGCGCGGGGCCGGGGCCGGGGCCGGGACCGGUGCCGCCUCGCAGGAGCUCAACAACAGCCGGCCCGCCCGCCAGGUGCGCCGCCUCGAGUUCAACCAGGCCAUGGACGACUUCAAGACCAUGUUCCCCAACAUGGAUUACGACAUCAUCGAGUGCGUGCUGCGCGCCAACAGCGGCGCCGUGGACGCCACCAUCGACCAGCUGCUGCAGAUGAACCUGGAGGGCGGUGGCGGCAGCGUCUACGAGGACAGCUCAGACUCGGAAGACAGCAUCCCCCCGGAGAUCUUGGAAAGGACUUUGGAGCCUGACAGCUCUGAUGAAGAACCCCCACCUGUCUAUUCCCCGCCAGCCUAUCACAUGCACAUGUUCGACAGGCCUUACCCUCUGGCUCCCCCCACACCACCUCCCCGCAUCGACGUGCUGGGCUCUGGACCCGUGUCGAGCCAGAGGCGCUAUCGUAACUGGAACCCACCCCUGCUGGGCAACCUCCCCGAGGACUUUCUCCGCAUCCUGCCCCAGCAGCUGGACAGCAUACAGGGAAAGAAUGCUGAACCGAAAGCCUCGUUUCCUGUCUGGGCCUGGAGGUUUCCUGUUCCACCCAGGGAAGGGGACUGGAAGGAGGAGUCUGUGGCUGCAGCCAUCGCCCCAGGCUGGAGGGAGGGUAACCCCGGGGGCUCCAAGCCCAGGAGCGGAGAGGGAGGCCUGCCCUCUGUGGCUGGGCCCGGUACCCGGGACCAGGAGAACCGCUGGAAGCAGUACCUGGAGGACGAGAGAAUUGCGCUCUUCCUGCAGAACGAGGAGUUCAUGAAGGAGCUGCAGCGCAACCGGGACUUCCUCCUGGCCCUGGAGAGAGAUCGUUUGAAAUACGAGUCCCAGAAAUCCAAAUCCAGCAGCAGUGUGGCUGUGGGAAACGACUUUGGCUUUCCUUCUCCUGCCCCAGGAGCUGGUGACACCAAUCCUGCUGUGUCUGAAGAUGCCUUAUUCAGGGACAAGUUGAAACACAUGGGAAAAUCCACCCGGCGGAAGCUGUUCGAGCUGGCCAGGGCCUUCUCCGAGAAGACCAGGAUGAGGAAGUCAAAGAGGAAACACUUGUCCAAGCACCAGUCGCUGGGAGCUGCGGUGUCAACAGCUAAUCUCCUGGACGACGUGGAGGGCCACACUUGUGAUGAAGACUUCCGGGGACGGCGACACGAGGCACCCAAGGCACCCAAGGUGGAGGAAACCCUAAGGGAAGGACAGUAAGAGAUGCCAGUGCUUCCUCCUUGCCGGAGAUGGUCUGACCUGGCGGGGGCAGCCGGGGAGCCAAACCAGCCCCCAGGCGUAAGGGCCCGGCUGCCGCCGGACAGAUGGCGCCGAGGACUGAGGCCUGGUGAUUCUUCAGCCACGUCCAGCCCCAUCACUGCCACUGUCACUGCCACUUUCCAGGGGACUUAGAACUUUGGAGUUUUGUGCUGUGAUCGGAGGAAGGACCUGGGGCCCUGGGGGCAGCCGCCAGUCCUAGCCCCUUUUGUAGCCAGGCUGUUCUAUGGGCAAUGAGUGGAAGUGCAGGAACUCCCACCACCUUCCCCCCCCCCCCCCCCCACCCCCGCUCCCCACCUCCACCACCUUCUUAAAAAAAUCCCAGAAAAAAGGCGAAGGUUGGAGUACCCAAAAGGGCAGGAUGGUGAAGCCCCUGAAGGUGGAGCCCCUGCCCCCUCUCCUUUCCCCAUCUCUCCUGGGUCACAGACACUGCCUGACCCUCUAUCCCCAUCCCCAGCUCCUUUCUGGGCACCUUGGGCCCUUUAUUCCCAUGGCUUCCUGCAUCUCAGCCUUCCCCCCCCAGGGCUGCGGACCCUUGGUACAAGCCCUGGACAGAGCCCUGGGUGGGAGAGCGCCGGGCAGUCACUCAGGCUCCCUCUGAGGAGUGAUGGGCCCCUGUAGAGAGUUAGCUCCUGACGGACCACCCUGCCAGGGCCCCACCAGCUGCCUCUGUUAAGGGGUUGGCACGGCCCCCAGCAGGGAUGGGGAGGGGGCCACCCCGGAGCUGGAGGAGUAUGGCUAGGCAGGAGUGUUCUUGACUGUGGCAGAAGACAAAAGGCUGUUCUGGAUGGGACCCUGCAGUCACUCAACAGCGGGGGCUCACGGCGGCGGGG